AGCCAGCCCUGUUGGGAGCGGCGCGUUAGCCCAGCCCAGCCUAGCCUGUAGGGGUUGGCAGGCUUCGGGGGCCGCACGCCCGGCCGCCGGCCCCGGCCCCGGCCUGCCCCCGCAGUGGGUGGUGUCCGGCCGGCGCGCUGUUCCCCCCUGCAGGCGCAGCCCAGGCGGGAGGGGUCGGAGCCGCAGCCUUCCGAGAGCCGGCGCGAACUAGAGUGGGCCGGGGCUAUGGAGCCCCGUUUCCCCGCGCUGCUCUGCCUGCUGGGUCUCCUCGCCACCGCCUCCGGAGCAGCCGAAUGCCCUUCCUCUGCUUGGAUUCCAUUUGGAAGUAGCUGCUAUAUUUUUCUUCAAGGCACAUUAGAUGAAUUGGACAGUAUUGAUGAUGCCAGAAAUCUCUGUAAAGAUAAUGCUUCUGGAGCAGACAUUAUUAGUAUAAAAAAUAAAGAGGAGAAUACAUUUAUACAGGAAACAUUAAAAAAUCACUGGCAAGUCCCUGAUUAUAUUUCGUUGGGCAUGUUCUUUGACACAGAUGAUAAUGCUUUUAAAUGGUUUGACAAGUCGGAAAUGAAAUUUACCAAUUGGAUUGAAGAGGAGAGCAAUGAGGAGCUCCUGAACACAUGUGCUUCUAUGUACACUAAGUCCGGGGGAUGGAAAAAAAUCAGUUGUGAAGAUCUUCCUCUGACAGGGACCCUUUGUAAAACAGCCUUUGCAUAUGAAAAGAAGUACUUACCAGAUAAAACUGCUUUGACUACCACCUUGGUCAUAAUUUUUACCAUAGUUGUGACAGUUUCUGCAGCAUUAUUUUGGUUCCUGUACAAAAGAAAUAUUUCUUCUGCUUCUGGAGCUUUAUGUAUAACACACAAUUCAACAGCUGAAACGCCAUACAGUGAUGAAACUGUUCUAAUAGAUGAAGAAAAUGAGUAUACUGCUUAAAAUUUAAAAUUAUACAAUUUUAUUUAAAUGCCAGAAAGUGACACCUUACCCAUAUUUAGGCUUCAGUCCUGUAACCACUUAAGCACAUGCAUAACUUUACUCAUGUAAUAAUGUGCUACUUGUUAGGACACAGAUAGAGAAGACAGACUAAAAAUAGUCUAAAGUAUUUCCCAUUGGGCUGUCAGUUCAUAUUCAAAAUUCUCUCCAAAUGUAUUUUAGUACACCUGGAAAUACUUUAAUGUAUGAGUUGGUCUGUCUCAGUAAAGUGUCAUUCUGAAAAGAGCAAGCAUUCAAUUAUGCCACAAAUGUUAAGAUUUCAAAAAUUCUGCAAGAUUUCCAUAAUGGGUUUUAAAUUAAUUUGUUUCAUCUGUGUUCACGACUGGUUUUCAUUUCUGUGACUAUUAUAGCAAAUAAAAGUUUGAGACUAUCUACUUUUAAAUGAAUAGUAUAGAAAGAAAAUUUGAAUUUGUGUUUGCACUGGAAACUUAAUUCAAAGAACUUCCAGUCAAUGCACAGAAAUGAGCCACGUGAUCUCUGUUGUCAAAACAGUCUGAACUUCAACCCAUUCAGACUCAUGAAACUGGGAUUAAAAAAAAAAAGUGCUAUUGCCCAAAAUGAGUAAUUUCAGACAAAACUGAGCAAAUUAUCUGCAAACAAUUUAAGAGGAAGGUGAAAUUCCUCAAAUUAAUUGCCCAGUUCAAGCUAGGCUUAGAGUCCAAAUGUUCAAAAACUCUCUCAUUUUGUAGUUGCAGCUAAUUGUAGCUGCAGGAUUAAGAGGUCAAGUCUUGGCCCCAGUUGUGCAAUAUGAUGCAGAUGGGCAGACCCUUAAAGUUGCAUGGAAGUAAUUUGGCCUCUGCACAGGAACAGGGAUCUGCCUCCACAGAUCAGGGUUUAGCAUCUAUCAUCAUAGCCAUGCUUAUUUGAUUGCAAAAUUAGCCUUCUAUACCCUGCAAUAUGUAGUCAUCCUGUUUUUUAAGGGGGAAACUAUUGGGCAAACUGUUUGCCAAGAGUUCAUCUGGCUAACUUGCAACUGUUUUAAUAUAUAAAACUAAAUUGAAAGAUUGCUGUGUGCAUGUGUACUCUGUUGCCACAAAUUUCCUUUUCUAUGCUUUAAAAUGUUGCAUUUUACCCAGUGAGACUGCAAAAAGACCAAAACUUUGAGUGAAGAUUCUCAAGGGAGGUCCACAUCUCUGUGAAGCAAAGGAAUUGGUAUCCGAGAAGGUAGAUUUGAUACACACCAAGCAAAAGUCAGUAAAUGAUGAUAGCAUGAUAAGGAACAGCAUAUUUAUAUGUAUAUUGUAUGCUUCCUUCAGAACUUAAUGGAAUGAAAUCUUCAUUUCUUGAGCAAGUAUCAGAAGGGUAGCCAUGCUAGUCUGUAUCCACAAAAACAACGAGGAAUCCGGUGGCACCUUAAAGACUAACAGAUUUAUUUGGGCAUAAACUUUUGUGGGUAAAGCUUGAAGUGGGUUUUUUUACCCACACAAGCUUAUGCUCAAAUAAAUGUGUUAGUAUUUAAGGUGCCACCGGACACCUCUUUGUAUUUCUGGAGCAGAAACUGUAUUGGAACGGCAAAGAAAUGGAGGCUGACUUUAUUCUCUAUACAUAUAAAAUAAUGAGAACAGUAGGAAAUGUAGUAGUCUUCCUUUUUUGCAGUCCCUCACCUCCUUAGGUGCUCUGAGCUCAGCUUCUAUAGCCAGUCUCAUCUCUCUUCAUUAAAUCUUAUUACAGAAUCUAAAUGGUUCAAACAUUAGAAAGCUUCAUGCCUAUUGCUCCAGCCAGUGCCCCCAUCCCUGUUUUCCCCCACACCGACAAUGCUGUUUUGUUGAUUCUUUUAAACAUUCCGAUGUGUGGCACUACUGUGUAUGUUGUCUAAGGGCUGAAUAGAAUGUUUGUUGAGGUAUUCAGCAGUAUUCAUUCCUGUAGAGGGACCAGGGAAAAUUCUCAAGGUGCCAUUCAAAUUUGCCCGAGUCUAGCUUUUAAAAGGACAGCUUUAGAUUUAGUUGGGGAUUGGUCCUGCUUUGAGCAGGGCGUUGGACUAGAUGACCUCCUGAGGUCCCUUCCAACCCUGAUAUUCUAUGAUAGCACCUAACCCUAGUGUUAAAGAUACUAAUCAUGAACAAGGAGUGCACCAAGUAAUUGAAUGGAAGCUCUUCUCUGAAUUUACAGCAGUAUAAACUACUCUUGCACUCUGGUGCAGAGUUAAGACACCCUAGAUCUAAGUUUACAGUCAUAGCCAAAAUGUUGUAGCAAAGCUAUAGUACUUUCUGGUUUACAUACAGAAGUUGUGGAUCAAGUGACCACUCCUUGGCAGCAUUCUCAAGUACACAGACAGCAGCACUCCAGGUCUGUUGAUUGUCAAGUCACUAAACAAGAGAAACGUCAUUCUCAGACCCCAUAGACAAACAGAUUAGGGGGAUUGUAUUAAAGGUUCAGAUUCCUGUGAAGUAUAGAUGGGUGCUGUCCACGUUUUCAAAAAAACAGUAAUGGAGACAGUAACACUAUUAACUUGGGUUAGGAACUUGUUAAAGCCUAUAGAUGCGUGGUGUUGAAUUUGAGCUGCUAACUUGAAUUAAAAGCUCAGUUGGCAUGUCUCUACUGCAAUCUGGUCAGCUUUUUAUUUUUAGACAUACAUACCCACAGGCAUGACAGCAGUAAUUGUGCUCACUUAUGCAAACUUAAGUAGUAAACCUCACUAGAGGCAAAUAGUCAGUUCAGAGUGCACUGCAAAAUGUAAAUAUGUGUAAACGUCAGUGGUAACGGAAGCUAGCUUUUUUUAAUUCAGUUAAGGCCCCAAGUAAAGUGAGGUGAAAUGGGUAUACGUUAUGGGGGCCUGAUCCACCAAGGAGCCCAGAUAGAGGGCCACAAGCCCAUCACCAUGAAAAAAAAUUCAGGCUAAAAUUUAGAUUUGAGUUUGACUAAACAUUUAUUUAUAUAAUCUCAGUAUGUUUGAUUGUACCUGUGUAUCUGUGCAGCAUCCAGAUCUCGCAAUCUAACUGAGCCAAUCAGAUGCAGUGUUUGAACAGAAGCAACAUUCUGAACAGUGAGUUGGUCCUCCAGGGUUGAGACACAACAGUGUCACAGUGUAUUAAUUUGUGCCAUGUCUGGCAUUAAAUACAAAUCAGGCAGCCAGAAACUUCAGAGCUUAAAGAAAGGUAAAGAAAAGAAGCUGAAGGAUGUCAAUCCAUGAUCUAAUUUUUCUAGUCAGACAAGGCCUCUCAACAGCCUGGUUCAAGCAAUGCACAAACUGGGAAACUGGAUGAAGAAAAACAGCAGUGUUGUGGCGAUUCCAAUCUCAUGGCUUCCAAAGGUAAUCAUGUAAUAUUACCAUCAGACUCAGGUUUUCAACAAGUAGGAGAAAGUAGUGCUGCAUUACUUAGUGAUGUGUGUUGGGUUUUUUUUUUUAUUUUAAGAUUCAGGAUUGUGGCUAAAAAACAUUAGAUUGUAGUACACCAAAUAAAAUUUUUUUUUUGAUUAACAUUUCUUCAAAAUUCAGAAGCUAGAGAAGCCAAUACCAAAAGAUGUUGGCCAUAGUUUUCCUUAAAUGCAAGAUAUUUUUUUGGUGGGGGGUACAAACAACAACACUGAGACUGGCUCGAGUCUACUUUUGGGAAGGACCUUGAACUGCCAUUAGUUAUCUUAUUAAUGAGAUUUACAACUAAUUUUUAGUGAAGUGUACAUAGCUUUAAGAAUUUUUUGCACACUGCCGGUGGAUUGGCAGAAGCAGAAAAAAGUUUCAGCAAGCUAGCACUCAUCAGAAACUGUAGAUUAUUUACUAUGGCACAGGAACACUUAAGUCACCUUGCUGUUUUGUCUGAGUGUGAACUCAAGAAAAAAUAAAUGUUGUGAGAUCACGUGUGAUUUUGCAAUAAAAAGGCCAAACUAAAGUUGUAAAGUGAUGAGGCCUGUGUGUGCCCUUUCAAAAAUAAAAUUAAUUUUUUCUUUCA